GGGAGGAAGAAGCUACAGGGAUGGCGAUGGAGAUAGAAUGAAAGACCCGGCUGUAUGUGGGAGAUGUGUUUCGGAAAAGAUUGAGAGAUAUCCAGAGAGAAGAUUUGAUUUGGACCGCAAGGCAUCCAGGCUGAAAAAGUUGCAAAUACCCGAGCAAGAAGCAGUCUUCAUCGUGUGGAAACGGCUUGGAAAAGUUGCUGAAGUUACAUCAGAAGCUUCCAGGACGAGGGAUAGGCUAUUUGCGCCAUGACAAGCAAAUAGGAGAAAGACUAAAGUUUUGGGAAUAUCUCCGGGAAACUUUUUUUUCGAGGCGCACCAACGAAGUUAAAGCCGACGCAGGGAGAUAAGAUUGUAUCACUCGGUCUGUAUCCUGUCCGUGCUGCCGGAGGGCGAUGGGGGCCGCGCCGGGCUCGGGCUGGGAAGAGGGUGAGUUCGAGUUUAAGUUGGUGUUUGAGGAGGACCCUCCGCCGCGGCAGAGCCAGGGGCCAUCACCGGUUCGCUCAGCCGAGCCGGAGAGCUCUGUUCCCGGGAAAGAGAUUACAGAUAACCACCAUUCAAUAAGCAUCCCGAGCCCGCCAUCCUCUGCCAAUCAGCGGGCUGGGAUGCAUUCCCCGCCACCACGGAGGGCUGCUGCCAGAGAGUUCAGCGGGACCUAUGAGAGCCUGCCGGCGCGCUCUGUGCAGGUUUCAGAGUCUCGUGUUGUCGAGUGUCCGAGCAUCCAGAUAACAACCAUCUCCCCUGAAGACGACCUAGCACCCACCAUUUCCAGUUACUGGGACAUGGGCAGCGGUGGCGGUUGGGACCGAGAGCGCCUCUACCUCCCCCUGUUGGACCCCUUUACUUACCGUGACAGAUGCCCUGGCUCCCUCAGCCCCAGCCCCAGCCCUGGCUCCAGCCCCUCGUCCCGCGGCUGGCUCAGCCCCGCCUCCAGCUGCGACUCCCUGCUGGUGGAGGAGGAGGAGCUGAACGAGGCCACAAUCAACUUCGGGCUCUCGCCGUCCUCGAGGCCUACUUCCCCCGGGGGUAAAAAGCGUAGAAACACCCCCCUGGUCUCCCCCUGUACUUCACGGAGGGGCAGUUACUCAGAUGAACUGCAGGGAUGCAACCUCGAGGGUGGAGACUCCACACCUCAGUCGCAAGCUCCGCCCAGCAGCUGUGAGCUCAGCAUCCCACAGAAAACCAGGAAGACGUCGUUGGAACAGUUGUCUCCCAGGGAGGUGGAUCCGGAGCAGGCUCCAGGCCACAGCUCGCCCUGCCCGCUGCCAGAGAACCAACAGACCAGGAGAGAGCCCCUUUCACUGGGCAUGGACUACCUCUCUGUGCCCCCUGCUCUAGCCUGGGGCCGGACCCGAGCCAGCGCCCACAGCCCUCUGUUCAGGUCUAAUGCCUUGCCGCCACUCGACUGGCCGCUGCCAUCCCAGUUUGACCAGUACGAGCUGCGUAUUGAGGUGCAGCCGCGCCCGCACCACAGAGCCCACUAUGAGACCGAGGGGAGCAGAGGAGCCGUGAAGGCCACGCCAUCAGGACACCCUAUCGUCAAGCUGUGUGGAUACACAGAGAGGAAGCCGCUCUCGCUUCAGGUUUUCGUCGGAACGGCUGACGACCGAUCAAUCAGGCCACAUCCCUUCUAUCAAAUACACAGGGUGACGGGGAAGAUGGUGGGUACUGCCAGUCAUGAAAGUGUCCAGACGGGGACCAAACUUCUGGACAUCCCCCUCAACCCUGAGAACAACAUGACUGCACUCAUCGACUGUGCUGGGAUCCUGAAGCUGAGGAACUCGGACAUCGAGCUGAGGAAAGGAGAAACAGACGUUGGGAGGAAGAACACGCGAGUCCGCUUGGUGUUUCGGACCCACCUCCCUCUAACGCCCCCUGUAGCCCAGCCGGGCCGAGUCCUGGCUCUGCAGGUUGCCUCCCUGGCCAUCGAAUGCUCCCAGCGUUCGGCUCAGGAGCUGCCCGUCAUCGAGUCCGUCAGUCUCACCUCCUGCUCCGUGGAGGGAGGAGAGGAGCUUCUGCUGAGCGGCUCAAACUUCCUGCCGAUCUCCAGAGUCCUUUUCAUGGAGAGAGGGACAGAUGGUAAACUACAGUGGGAGGAGGAGGCUCAUGUCGACCGAGACAACAGCAAUGAGUGUUUGUUGUGCGUGAGGGUCCCCACCUACAGCGACAUGUCCGUCAGUCUGCCUGUGUCGGUUAGUCUUUACGUCUCCAACGGGAAGAGGAAAAGGAGCAGCACUCACUGCUUCAAGUAUCUCCCCAUUAUGUUCAAAGAGGAGGACCCGCUGCUGUCCCGGCCCUCUGUGCUGCCUCUGGAUGGGGGGACUGUGGGGUGUCAGCCCAGGAUGGACAGGGGCUUCCACGUGAGAGGCGACCCCAUGGAUGAUGAUCGAGGCAUGGGCUUCCUGCCCCCUUACCCCUCCACCUACUCCCCUCCCUGCCCCACUAUGAGUUACCAUGAGGAGUACUGCUCCAAACCCGACGCUGCGGUGGAGGACCCCGGCGGGUCCAGGGCGGCCCUCUCCGAGCGUCAGCCCAGCUUCGAGAACCUGGAGCUGGGCUUCACCGAGCUCCUUCCCCCCUUAUACCCCCGGGGCCCGCAGCCUCCCUCCCCCUCUCCUUCCCCGUGGUUGGACUCACCCUACCUUUCCUCCUCGCCCUCUCCCUCCCACUCCUCCUCUCUCAGCCCGUUUCCUGCCGGCAGUCCCAUCUCAUCCUCCCCUCUGCCUCCCAUCCCCACCUCCCCUUACCCCCAGUACUCUGCGUAUCCUCAGGAGGUGUGUCCCUCACCUCCCUCCCACCCCAGCCUAUAUCAGGACAUCUGCCCGGCACCCUACUCCCACUACGAGGGCUGGGACCCCCAGGGAAGGGUGCUGGGGAUGGGACAUGGGGGAGAGAGGGAUGCCAAGAUCCAGGAUUGCCCCCUGGAGUUUACCAGCUCGUCUAUGCAACACAUUACAUUUGAAGAAGUGACGGAGUUCAUCGGGGAGGACAUCCAGUCUUACCAGUCAGGCUCACAGAUGGACAACCAGCCACACUGAGCGCAGAGCAGCUCCUCACCCCCCCCAUUUGAUAUUCAGCAUCAUUUUAAAUCCAUUAUGCACUCGGUGUUAAGAUGCGUCGCUCCAGUUACGUGGUAUUGGCAGGGGGAUUACCAGAACACUGUUGUAAUUAUGACCACAGGUACCUGUUUUAUGUGGUUUUAUAAAAGGGAAACUAAUGUUUUUAACAUGUUUUCAAUAUAAAUUAUACAAGAACGCGCUUGAGUUUUGUGUGUCUCGUGUGUUUUACUUGCAGAAUAAAUCUAAAUCUACGCUCGAACAAGGUGAAUCGAGAAUAAAGGGACUGAUGGAAAAAGAAAAAGGCUGAGAGUGUAUGGAAAACUAAAUGGUUUAAUAAAUUAUUAUGUCAAGAUGCCUUAUUCUCUACAGGAAAACAUAUGUAU